AUGGGCAGCACUCAUCAUGACAAAGAACUACGCAAGAUUGACAAGGACCGCGCUAAAAUCGAAGCAAAAAUCCACAAGAAGCAAGACGCCGAGGCCGUCAAGCUCGCCAGCCACAGAGAAAAGGACCCCGAAGACAUUGCCAAAUACCAAGAAAAGUACGACACCGCAAUGGCAAAGCUGUCAGAGAAGCGCGAAAAGGAGCUCGCCAAGCUGGAGCAGAAACGUGAAAAGGAGAUUUCCAAAGCACAGAGAAAGAGAAGUGUACAGCUGAACAGAGACGAGGCCAGUAGAGUUGCCAGGGAGAGAGACGACUUUAGACAUCAGGUCGACAUGCUGAAGCGCGAAAACGGUCUGCUUAGAGAGCAAAUGACCGACCUGCAGCGCGAGAACGCCAUACUCGUCGAAAAGGUUAACAAACUCGGCGGAGUCGGCGCGCUCAAAGAGAUCAAGACUGAAGUCGAGCAUCAUUGA